CACAUACAACUGCAGCUCACACAGGAGUAGAGAGGUGUCGAGAAAAACAGAAAUGAAAGCAGUCUGGACCCUCUGAGUCGACGACACUAACUGAUACAACAAAUCCUUUUGCCCCGAUCCUAUUCUGACUACAAAAAAGAAAUUGUCCGGCAGAUUUCCGCGGAAACCUGCCUCACAGUGAGCGCCGUAAGAACAUCGUUUUGACUGUAACUAUCAUCCUCGCUGUCUUGACCGUCACACUGCACGGCUGCGGUGAAGACAAUCUCUCUAGGGGCGCUGCAUCGAGACAGGCAGCAUCGGUGGUUUCCCGCAAGACGGCAUGAGCCCUUACCCGAGAGAAGGCCUCAAGAUAUGUAAGCGUUAAUCAUACGAGAUCAAAUCCCUCAACCUAUGAACAACUUUAGUUUUUAUUUUGAAGAGCUGCAUCUUUUUUCACUGAUAUGUAAGGUGCAUGGUGAAUCAGAUGGUUCACAAGGUGCCAAGCGGACUGGAAAUAUUGCACACCGCCAGCCAGAGAUUGAUUAGAAGAGCGGUCUGGACCCGCAGACAUCUGCUCCAGAACAGUGUUUCGUAAAAAUAACCGAGCGUGGUCACAGAGCCGAAACACAAACAUCAGAUACUUUCUCCUAAGCUAUUUCCGGAACACGUGUUGACUGCAAAUGGGCUUACGACACCGCUGAACGGCCCCAUGUCGUAAGUAGUGUAAUUCAUUGCCCGACUGGAGACCACGAAUUACCAGCUGCAAAGAACGAUAUCGCUCCGUCCCACCAGAAUCAUAAGGGAGAUGGUGAGACUAUACCACAACAGUCCGGCCACCGUGACCUAGAAACAACCGUGUUUGUUGUCCGUGGAACGAACAGGAUCUCCCUUCAAAAGCUUUUAAGAACGACGUGGUUCAUACCAUGCCUUCUCGACGCUCUUCACUUUGACAUCCUCACUUCUCUAGACAGAUAUAGCCGGUAGCGGUAACCUUGAACAUGGCGUUGGAGAUCUCCCGUCUAAUGCCGUCUCUACUCGUUGUAGAGCCGGGACCAAAACAAAGGUGCUCAGUCGCUAGCCUUGCACGGGGCUUGUCAUGCCCACGAGUCACCCUGUCACUUUUCAGCGCUGUAUGGUUCUUGUCGAAAAAAACGUACUGUUUCGUGUCCUCUCGCUAGGUUUAUCUCUCUCAUCACUCGUGUGCUGGACAUAAAGGCUUGGUGGACUUCAACCAAGUGUUUCAUCUCCUGCCGUCCACUACCAUCAGAGCUGUUCUACAAGACCAUCAAAAGGAAAAGUGAGAAGAUAGUUACAGUAUAAAGAGAAAGGCCACCAGUGACCUUGUUCUGGCGGGGAUCGAGACAGCAUUGCCGAUAUUAGCAGCUGAAACGCUUAUCGUGACCGUGCAUCUGGUUCCGUCCGUCCCUGAUGCAUUAUUCUUUCCACAGUCAUCGGUAGCAGAACAAUUAUAGCAGCACGGGCCCGGAGGCUCAGGCAGUUCCUCCACAGGGAGCGUGUGGAGCAUGUUCUUGCUCAACAGUUUAGCAAAUUGCAAUUUUCCUGAGAGUUCCGCUUCGUUGUGGCACGGCUAAUCGAGUACCACUUAUGAAGCCUUUUCAGAAUUCAGCUUUGUAAGGUCUGUGCCGCACCGGAAGGAAUGAAUCUUGGAGUCGCUGGUGAUUUUCAAAUCCAUGGUUUCCUUCUCAAGGGUGAGUUGUGAAGUAACAAGAGAAGGCACCCAUGCCUUAUGAAAAAAAGCCGACAGUCUUAACAGUGAAGGAGGAACCCCAAACAUGUGUUUUAAGAGCAACUGGUACGCGCGGGUGACUUUUUUUUUGACUUUGCCAUGCCGUCAAUUUUCGCUGGUUGCGAAGCUGAUCUUGCCGCAAGUGCGACAACAGAACAACGCCACGAAGAGGUUUAUUACAUGGCCGGUGCGAAAACCCCCCGUGAAAACUAAUGUAACUGCUUGUGCGUUUUGGAAGAGUUAUACCGGAAAAGAAAGAAACAAGUGCUUACAGUUCUCGACUUGUGCUGGUUAUCCUUGCACAGGUGUCAUGCUAACAUCAGUAUCGUUCCACUUUUCCCAUCAGUUGGCACAACGCAACUAGAUGUACACCAACCCCCCUCUCGAAAGGUGACCUUGGCGAUUUUGUCCGUCCGCAUGCGUUUUGGGCCGAGAGUCCAGGCUAAGAACUGAGAAACCUCUGCUUCCUCACGACUCGGAGUGACUUCGCUAGUCUAGAACUAUCCUCUCCUAUUUCUGUUUUAUAGAAAACACAUUUUUCAUGACAGGUGUGCGGCAUGUGACUUACCAUCUCGGACUUACCCCGCGUCGACGUCUCCUGAGGAGGGCAGUUCGCGGAUAGUUUCGGCUUUAAACUCGUCCAAAAUAAGACAAUUUGGGUUUUUCAUUUUGGACAGAUGUAUUCUGAAAUGGUGGAAAACACAGACACCAACUUCAUAUGGACCCAACUUCCUUUUUGACUUUUCGUGAGUCUAUCAAAACGAUAAAUGCGUUCCAGCAACGCAACAGGUUCCUGUACGGCGACUAACAUGCCGGGUACUGACAUGUGCAUCAGCUACACCGUUAAUCAUAUCGAAGAAACAACCAUUUGAGCAUUUUUUGCUCUUUUCAAUUCUUCAUCUAUUAACUGUUUUUGUUGGUGAGGUGCCCAGCCGGUGCCCCGGUGGUGAUGACUUGUCUCUAGCUGGAGUGUUUCUCGACUUUCAGCCGUCAUGUUUUCCCAUUUUCAAUCUCUUCUUUUCCUCCUGCCCGUCUCUACGUGGACCUCUUUCGGAUCUCUAUGGACGGAGCAGAGCGACGUUUUCUUUUCCCAUUCGUUGGGUUCAAGGGAACACCAUCCUAUAUAGGUUGGCAGGAAGCAUGGCGACUCUGUUUUCUUGCCUUUCUUUGUUGCGUGUGUGCGUCGAGUCUCUCUCCUUCUUACAUUCCAUUUUUCCCUUGUCUACUCUUGCGGUCUUCCGCUUGCCUCUCCGCUUCUGUGUCUUUCUCUCCGUGUUUCGCGCCUUCUUCCCUUCCGUACUCCCUCUCACCUGCACUGUAUCUAGCAUGUCCGUCCCACCUGACCGCCUCUCCAAGGCCUUUUUUCCACUGUCUCGCUCCUUGUUCUGUUUUCUCUCAAAACUGUCCUCCUCUCAUUCUGUGUGGACAGCCGUGUUGCAAGGAUCUCUCCGCCUUCGCUGGCGUACCGAAUGAACGUGGCUUCUUUCAAGGCCCACUCUUCCCCACUCAGCCUCGGCGUAUUGGAUUAGCCACCCUUUUCUCGGCAGCUGCAGGAAGCAGAAACACAACGUGUAUGGAGAGUUAUUCCACAGAGUCUCGAGAGCUGACGUUUCGGACGAAGUUGAGACGCUUUGCAUCUACCGGGGCCUUCGCAAACUGUCCACGCUUUCUGCAGCUCUCGGGUUUUCCAGAGAAGCUUCGUCUUCCUAUGACUCACAGGUGUACGUACAGAUCAGCGCGCGUUCAGAAGCUGUGGCUUCGUUCAACACGUGGUUACAACUUUGCAUUCCCUCCGUCUCGCCACUUUUCUUUUGUUCCUCUCUUUUCUGUCGGGACCCAGCGAUGGCCUUGUGAGAAUUUUUUCUCUUUUCUUUCUCGCUGUUCUGUUACGGAACCUUCUACUUCACUGAAUUCAUCCCUUCGUGACUCCGACUGUGCCGCUCCUCUGUUCCCCCUCGCAGAUGCCUCUUCCUCCUGUCUUCCCUCAACUCAUCCCUUUUACCUUCUUCAUUCAUUCAGCCAUCAGGGCGACCACCAUGCCUCCCAGAGCAAAACGAGUCUUUUUCGGGGAGGAGAACGACGCUCUCCCUUCUACCGGGAUUUGUUUCUCAUAAGAUCAAGGGACCAACAAGAAAAUAUCUGCGGCCUCACUCGACGAGGAGGCGAGGCUAAUAUACCGGGAUUGACUAGAGCGACCGAAGCCACGCUUUUCGAGGCUACCCCUGAAUCGCAGUGCCACGCCGGAAGUGCAGCUGUGAAGAUACAGACAAACAAUAUACCACAACAAGAUGAAUGCGAGGAUAAGGGACAGGAGAAGGUAGAAGAUAAGGAAGAUGGAGAACCAGAAGAAGACGAAGACGCAGAAAAGCACUCCCCAGAACGAAAGACUGCUCCUGACGGCGGUGAUGGAGAAGACGAGUGUUGGCAGAGAUAUCCCGAAGUGAAGAAUCGCGUUCAAGAUUUUCUACGGAAGCUGAGAUACGACGCUGCUCUGGCGACCAUCAUUGCAAACUACGGUGCUGGUUCGUCUCCAGGUGCUUCGUCUGCGGUCUCCCUCCUUCCAUCUUCUCCCUCUCGAUCCUCGCUUUCGUCUUCCGACAUCUUCUCUCUGUCCGACGGUUUCUUGCAGUCCUGCCCAUCUGUCUCAGACCGCCGGAGACAGGCGGCCGCUCAACUGUUCAAUCGUGUCCUUCAGAACUGUGCCUUUUACGCGACGUUGCCUCUCGUGGCAAAAACCUUUUGUUUGUACCUGCCUUCUCCGCUAGUUGAAGACGUUGUCCAGGAGCUACGCGAGACCAGACAGGAGAAGCGAGGUGUCGGUCAGGGUAAAGAAAUGGCAGAGAGCGAACCACAUGAUUCUGCAACUUGCGCGGUGGAAGGUGGCAUAAUAUUUGGACCCAAAUAUGCGACCGGCGUUUCUGUGUUGAGGAACGCAGAGGGUGGAACGAAGGUGCCGGGCCAAGGGAGGGAAGUUGACAGGAAAGAAGAACGAAAUUCAGGAGGUCACUCACUUCAACGAGAUUAUCAACAAAAGGGAGUAAACACAGCUAAGAAAUUUUGUUCAGGAAGAAAAUGCGGUGCUCUGGAGGGAACACGGGAGGCUGAUGGGAUCGGCAGUGACUCACGCGCACCGAGAAGUGAGAUGUAUGGACACGCAGACAGUCGACAAUAUAACGCUAGUGAUAAGGUUUCCACAAAUGCACGGAAACCACUUUUUCUCGUUCUUGUGGAGGCAUUUGACCGCUUUACGCAAAUUCUCGACUCAGAUCGGUGGCUUCUAUCUCCUGAAUAUGAUAAGCUGCUUUCUUUCUGGAGACGAGGAAAGGAUGGGAACACGGAGUUGCACCGAGGAAGUGAGGGGGUAGCUGAGGAAGACCAGACAACCAUGCACGAAUCGGACACCCGAGAGCAUCCCAACCAUCAUCUUUCGUCGCUCCGGAAAAGGUCGUCCAAGUCCCUGAGAGUAUCGGAGCAGAGCAAAAGAGUCGAGAGCAACCGUUUGAACGAGAAAUUCGAAGGCGAACUGCCAUCGCUGAACUUGAGCGCAGACCGCGCAAACCGCCGAGAGCUCACCACAUGUUUGCUUAAAUAUUUGAUGGAGAACCCUUCUCCCUUCGACACUGCCUCACCACCAUCUUCCUCUUCAAGACUGGAGGAGACGCAAAUCAUGGAAGACACCAAAACGAAAGGAGACAUGUCGUGCUCCUCGCCGUCAUCGUCUCUAAGGAGGGCAUCCGGUGAAGAACAGAGAGAAGAAGACCUACUGUCUUUCUUUCCAUUCCUGGAGGACGCUGCGGAGGCCCGAGCAGGGCAGCUAGGCAGAGAAUUGAAGAAGAGGAGACUUCGGCGCUGCUGUGAAUUGCUUGAAGAGGCAGCUCGGCCGUGUAACCUCAAGAGGGAUGCCAUAGAAACAAGAAACACAAGACGCGAAGAGCGCGUGGAGAGUGAGGAAUCCAUUUGCGGGGACAGGGUCAAAAGAUCAGGCGAGGAAGGGCGAGAGGUUCGCCACAAGAGGUGCGAAGAGACCGAGGAAGGCAGGGAGAUGAACGAUGCUUUCUCGGGUAGCAGCGAGGAAGAGUGUGUUGAAGAGCUCAAGCAAAGGAAAAUAAUUUCUUCGCCGCUUUCCACGCUUCACAUGUUCGCAAACGAUUCAGAGACCCCCAAGGGAACGCGUAGACGUGAAGCCCUCGAGGUUCAGCUCGGCAUCUCCUCCAGUGGUCUGAACUUUUCAGGCGACUCUCGGACUCACGUGACUCUUCUGGGGGCAGCCCUAGCGGCUGGACAUGCCGAAGAAGCACGCAGGCAGCUGCAGCUCAUCGACAAGAAAACCAUCUUUCUCGAUUUCCCUGCGCAUUCUGAGGAAACGGGAGAGAUCGGAGAAGCAAGCAGAUGGAUUCAGGUAUUUCAGCCGUCCUUUCUGCGGCGCCUUCAAGCUGCUGGCUUCAUCCCUCUCAAACAUCCAGUGUCGUGCAGUGGAACGGAACGCCCGGGCAUUUAUGAGUCGACAAAAAGGCCUACACGACUAAAAGACAAAAGCGAUGGAGACGAGGGAAGGCCUCUUGCAAGGGAGGUCUCCGAGGGGUGGAAUGUGAAGAGAAAGCAGGAACACAACGGACACCUCAAAGUGUUAUUUGCAGCCUUUCUCGAAGCGGCACACCAGGCCGAGCGCUGCCCUCGAAACAAACACCGUCAUGGCGCUGCUUUAUUUAGGGUCAAGAAACCCGGCGAGUACACUGGAGCUUUGGGCUCUUCUUCCUUCUCGACUUCAUCUCCACUUUCUCCCUUGAUGUCUCCAUCGUCUUCCCUCGCGUCGUCGUCUGCGGUCCUUCAUUCCUCUGAGUAUCCCUUUGUUCGCUUUUUUUCGGCCUUGCGGGGAUCUGAAGUACUCAGCGGGGGUCGGAACUUCGUGCUCCAUCGAGAGAAGAAGAAAUCCGAGGGAAAAAAGACUCUGAGGCGGAGGGCGGGUGAGUCAGGAGGUGAACAUGCGCAGGAAGCCGGGAACGGAGACAUUGCAUUGAGAGACGCGGAACUAGACUCGCUGCGAUCUGGACAGAAAGAAGAGUGGGAGACGACGAGACAGCGAAACUCAAAAGUCGAGACUGGAGACGUGGAGAGAGGAGAGACGAAAGGCAAGGGACAGACGAAGAAGAUAAAUUCUCUCGUUGUCCAUGCCGAGGUCGAUUGCCUAUCGCAGGUUCCACCGGAUGCUGCGCAUGGCGCCGCGGUGUGCAUCGUUGAGUUGGACGCCACAGGUCUCGGGUACGAGGCAUCUCACCCCUGUCCCAUGUGCCUCCAAGCUCUCCAAAAAAGGAGAAUUUCUCGCGCAUUCUUCACAACUCCGCUGGGUCUUAGAGCCUUGUCAAUUCGAAUCAACGACAGGGUGGCCGUCAGGCCUACACCGGCACCUUUGGCGUUUGUUGAAGAGGUGCUGGCGGCGCGCAAGAAUGCCAAGAGAGAGGAAAACAUGGCGUACAGGAAUCUACAGAGUCGCUCUUAGCGGUUCUGCUGUUUCUCCGUGGUCUUUCUCUAGGUGUGUCGGCCUCACGUAGAUCGACAAUGCUACCACAAUUUAGCUUCCUUCCCCUCCCUUCUAUAGGUUUUGUCAUCGUUUUUUUUGAGGAGGCAGUCGAACACGAGGUCUGAAAUGCGGCAACAGCUGAUUCGUAAACAGAAGGAAUGACUUUCGAUCGCGCAAGCCUGUCAGGACAUGCUUGUCUUUCAACCAUAUUCGACACAAGCCUGUGUUGAUCGUUUCUCAAACCUAUCCGUUGAGCCCACACACAGGCAGCUUUGCUUGGGUCCUCGAAUCUACUAGUGCAUCUCUUUUUCCCCUAAAUACCCCUUAUAUUGUCCACAACGUGAAAACCUUGAGGCGCCCACGCGGAGAGCUACUUGCCCCUAAGUUGAGACAAAUAGAGGACUGACCAGAAUGCGCUUUUUGUGACUUCCACUCUUAGGCGGCA